CGGACGCUCGAGUUAUUAUGGCUGCCGAGCUUGCUCCUCUGGUUUCUCGCCUUGAGAAGGUCGCUGAUCGCCUGGAGAACGUCGCGAACAGUGGAAGUGUCGGAGGCGCUCAUUCCGCCGGAGUGGAAGCGAAGGAAUACUUGGACGCAUAUGAUACGUUUCUUGCUGGAAAAUUUAAGCAAUGGACAGAUUUGGGGAAGAAGAUUGGCGGAGACGUACGCGAGCAGACUGGUUUGGUUGAAAAGGCUUUUCAAGCACAACGAGCUUUUCUAAGUGUUUCUGCCACUUGCAAGAAACCGAGUACUAAAGCUGAGGAGAAUCUUCUUGUGCCGACGGUGGAAGCAUUGAAAGCUGUGCAGGACUAUCGUGAGGGGCACAGAGCAAGCAAGCUUUUCAAUCACCUGUCAGCUCUUCAUGAAGCAAUUCCAAUGCUGGCAUGGGUGAAAGUGACUAAACCAGCACCUUAUGUCAAAGAGAUGAGCGAUGCUGCACAGUUUUAUAUCAAUCGUGUGUUGAAGGAUUAUAAGGACACGGACAAGACUCAUGUUGAGUGGGCAAGGGCGUUUAAAGAUGUGGCAACUGACUUCCAUUUGUAUGUCAAGGAUUUUCAUGUGGCAGGACUCUAUUGGAAUACAGAGGGUGGUGAUGCUCCCACGUCUGCUGGUGUUGCUGGUCCUCCACCUCCUCCUCCUCCUGCUGUUGUGCCUCCAUCGGAUGCACCUGCUGAGAGUACAGACAAAGUGGAUAAGAGUGGUCUCUUUGCAGAGUUAAACAAAGGCUCAGCGAUCACAUCAGGUCUGAAGAAAGUGACGAAAGACCAGAUGACGCACAAGAAUCCUGCACUACGAGGCAGCUCUGUCGUCAAAGCAGCUGAUAAACCAACAGUAACAACAGCAAGCACUGACAAGAAGCCAGCAGCACAAGUACAAGCCCAGCCAGUCUUGAAAUUACAGGGCAAGAAAUGGAUUGUGGAACAUCAAGUUGGGAACAAAGAAAUUGUGAUUUCUGAUACAAACAUGAAGCAGUCUGUGUACAUGUACAAGUGCGUUAAUUCAACUGUGCAGGUCAAAGGGAAAAUCAACAAUGUGACCGUCGAUAACUGCAAAAAGACAGCUGUUGUUGUUGAUGAGUGUAUUGCUGGGCUGGACAUCGGAAACAGCCAGAGCAUUCAGGCACAGGUGAUGGGCAAGCUGUCGCUUGUCAGCAUCGACAAAACUGACGGCUGCCAAGUCUACUUGAGCAAAGACAGCGUGAACGCCGUCAUCGUCUCAGCAAAGUCGUCCGAGAUGAACAUAAUGGUGCCACAAGGAGACGGAGACUUUGCGGAGGUUGCUCUUCCUGAGCAGUUCAGAAGCAAAUGGAAUGGCAAGACGAUGGUGACCGAGCCGUCUGAAAUUGCCGGUUGAAAUGACGGUCAACGUUUUAGAAUAAACGGUAUUACUCGCUUGCGUUUGAUGUGUAGCAUGGCAAGUGUUGUGUUGAUGAAUUGCAGCGCUGUAACUUGAAGCACUCGUUGUGUUGAUUUGAGCUUACUAUAUACUACUGUACUGUAGUUCGAUGCAAUGAUUGAAUUGGUGGAUUGGA